ACGAGCACAUUCGGUGGUCGCCAGAUCAGUUUUGUGGACUUGAACAUAUGACAGUUCCGACUCAUCUUUUGUGGAUGCCGGAUGUAAUUAUUGAAGAUAUGAUCGAUAACAAAGUCAUUUCAAGUCCUUAUCUCUACAUUAAUAAUAAUGGCUCAGUCGAAUAUAGGAAUGAUCAGGUGGUGUUCAGCACCUGCAAGAUGACCGGUUACAAAUUCCCCUUCGACAUUCAGACCUGCAACCUCACUUUCAAGUCCCUCAUGCACUCUGAUAAAGACAUCGAGUUAAUUUCCAAUGAGAACAAUACAGAGAUCACAGAGUGGUCUCGUGAAGUGAUGCGCUCACAGUACGAGUGGCUGUUUGUCAGUUUGACAGUCACUGAAAAAACUGUUCACAACAAAACCAAGAUUCUUUAUGUUAUCACCAUGAAGAGAAGGUCUGUCCUCUACGUUGCCAACUUCUUGCUGCCUGUCUUCUUCUUCUUGUGUCUGGACUUGGCCUCCCUCCUCAUCUCCCACAGAGGUGGUGAGAAGCUCAGUUUCAAGGUCACUGUGCUGCUUGCUGUCACAGUGAUGCAGCUUAUUCUCAAUGAAAUUCUGCCUACCUCAACAGACAGGAUCCCCCUUAUAGCGACCUACUGCAUUGGGGUUUUUGGUAUGAUGAUGAUCAGCGUCAUCGAGACCAUUUUUGUGAUGUAUCUGAUGGAGAAAGACUUCCAGGAUGAUGAGACUGACAGAGACCAAAGCUUGAAUGAGAGCCAUGAGGACAAACUGGACAAAGGCAACUUCCACAGCUGUUUCAGAGGGAUGAAGAAACGUUUUCACUGUGCAUCUGAUGAUGAAACAUCUGUGCCCAAAGAGGGCAUCAGCAGCCAGCUGACCGAGGUGUCUCUUUCCUUGGAAAAGCUCUCAGAUGAGCUUGGGGAGAUCGACAGAAAAAUGACUCGACUCAGCAGCGGCAAGGAGGAGGAGAAGCCCGGCUACUGGACCAGGAUGGCAAAAAAAUCGACAAGGCUUUCUCCAUUAUCUAUGUUGUGUCUGCUUCUGUGUUUUUAGUCACUCUCUUUUCAAUUUGGAGUAUUCCGUAUACGGACUAGAUGUAAAGUUUAAGAAGAGAUUGAAUUCACUGUCAAUUUAACACUGACAGGACCUUUUGUGUGUUCACAUCUGUAAUUCAAACACAACAAAAUGCCCCGCUGAUGUCCUACAAAAGGAGGUGAGGGCUCACACUGACUCAUUACAAACUGAUUGGAACAUACAGGCAGGUGACCACACUGAUGAUGCAGUGAUGUUUGCUGAUCUGUAAUGUAUCGUCAGCGAUUUAUUUUUUCUUUUGACUAACAGCAAGUUGUGCUACAGCUCUCCAUGCUAAUUAUCGUAAUUAGCUGCACAGGCCUGCAUUUUUUUAAUCAUUUAUGCCCUGUAUCCUCAAACUUCAUGUCAAACAACAGCCAGUAUUGUCGAAAUUUGGCCUGAUGGUAAAAUAAUUUGGUCUCUCCUCUAAGCUAAAAUUUGUUUUGUUCAGGUUAUUUGCGGUUUUGUGACCAUUUUUAAAGGUCUUACUGUGUCUCUUGUGUUUCUAAUUGCUCCUCUUGUCCCUCCUUUUUUGACUGCCCCAAUUGUUUUCAGCUGUCUAUAAACAGCCCAGCAUCUUCCUUUGUACUCUGCCAGUUUGUCCUCAUGUUCAGUCUCUUUUUCCUUGACCUUCAGUCCUCUUUUGUUUGUUCUCCUGUCUGCUUUUGUUCAGCCUGUCAAGUUUUCUUGUUUUUUGGGCCUUUUGUUGGCUUUAUUGGACAGGUUUUAGUAGAGAGACAGACAGGAAAGUAGAGGGAAGAAUGAGGGGAAGACCAGUCUGACAGCAUUCCCCAAAUGUCUUCUAAAUGUUCCAAAUAAAACAAUCUGCUCUGACAUUUUACCUUAUUGGAACAUUGUUUGAAAUUAUAACAGUUCUUUGAACAUUAGAUUAAAAUGCUGUCGUUAAAACAUCAUUAGAAGUUGUGAGUGGUGACACAUCUAACACAUGUACUCAUUAUUAGCACAGUGUUCAGUUAAUCUUUCAAAUACACAAUAAAAUAUACUUCAAAUGUAAUCUAAUGGAUGUGUAGUUGUAUUUAGACUGGAGUUACAUGCUCAUCUGUGGAACAUGGUAAACAGCUGAAUGGUUCUUUCACAUCUACAUUUGCACCUAUAUUUAGCAUAUGAAUAUGGCAUAAUGUAUUCAAUGAAAUGUAUGAAAAUUCAGUGUUGUCCGGUUCUAAAAGCAGUGAAAUAAAAAAGUAUGACAUA